AUGGCCGAUGGUGCACAGAUGAUGAGGGGUGACCGCGCAUGCUACAACUGCGGAGAGACAGGGCACCUUAGCCGCGAAUGUCCCACAAGGCCUGCAGGCGGCGCGGGCAACCGUGCGUGCUACAACUGUGGCCAGCCAGGCCACCUUAGCCGCGAAUGUCCCACCCGUACCAACGAGGGAUUCCGUGGCCCCCCGCGUGGCCGCGCGUGCUACCACUGCCGUCAGGAAGGUCACCUUGCGCGCGACUGCCCCAACGCACCUGCGGGCGGUGCUCCUCGUGGUGGCGAUGCCACGUGCUACAACUGUGGCCAGCCAGGCCACAUAAGCCGCGCAUGCCCCGCCAAGUAG